GGGUUUAUUUGGUAUUGUUGUGUAUUUCCAGAUUGUACACACGAAGAUGUAAAUCAGUUAGAAGAACGCCUCUCCCAACAAGAAAAACUAAACUACAAACUCAGUCAACAGAACCGUUCCCUCCAGAGGGAGUUAGAAGAACUGAGGUCUCAUAAAGAGAACACACAUGCGCAAGAGGAUGAGCUCCGCCCCGAGAAGGAACGGCUGGAAACUGAACUUCUUCACGCCAAGGAAGCUCUUGGAGCUUUAAAGCAAGACCGUAAGAGACUGAAGAUGGAAAAGUUCGACCUUUUGAAUCAAAUGAAGCAGUUGUAUAGCACCCUGGAAGACAAGGAGAAGGAGCUGAGGGAUUUCAUCAGGAACUACGAACAGAGGAUGAAAGAAAGUGAUGAGAAUUUGAAACAGCUGGUUCGUUCACGGGAAGAAAGUGAGCAGGAAAAAUGGAACAUCAUGAAGCAUGCGCGAAAUGAAGCUGAACGUUCGGUAGCCCUGUGUGCUCAGCUAGGCCUAAAGGACGCCCAUAUUAGACAGCUUCAGGAAGAGUUGAACAUGUUUCGAGAUAGGAUGGGCUAUUCUUCUGAUGUCGAGAGUUGUAGAUAUGGCCGCACUAAUGGCUAUCAAAGUCCGAGCAUGGUCUCUACUGGUCAGGCUAUGAAUGGCCGUGACAGCAGCAAUGCCCCCACACCAAUUCCAACAUCCGACCCACCAUCGUCAUCUGUUGGAACCCCAGCUAUAACGGUGGACGAAGACCAGAACUCCAUUUAUUGCUCUGCUUCAUCACCAAGAGACGCACAGCGACCGUCUCUUCCCGGCUUGUCUCGUUCAGCCGAGGAGAUCUACGUCACCAGCAGUGGUAUUUCUGACGUCAGCAGCACCAUCAAGAAGACGCGGAAGAGAAAGGAAGGAAAAGGAACUUGGGGCUCUAUAACGCGUGUCUUUUCUAGAGGGCGCCACCGUAAAGGCUUAGAUCCAAACAUGUUUGACAGUAAGCAAAUUCUUCUAGAGUUGUCUAAUGGAGAGAUGGAAGCUGGACUUGGAAUAACCAAUGCAAUGCACCGAAGGAAACUUCGACUUGCGAUUGAAGAACACAGAGAUCCAUCUUCGUCCUUGAAUCCAAAGAUCAGCUUUCUCUCUCAUAUUUGGGUAGUCGAGGAAUGGUUACCAAGUUUAGGCUUAGCCAUGUACAGUGAGGCUUUCAAGUUUCAACUCGUGGAUGGGAGGGUUCUUGACACGCUUAACAAGAAAGAUCUUGAAAAAUAUCUCGGCGUCUCUCGAAAAUUCCAUCAAGCUAGCCUUGUGCAUGCCAUUCACUUGCUUCGUAUUGUGAAAUUUGAUAAACAGGUACUGGAACAACGACGAUCACGAUGUGAACACAUGGACCUUGACCCCUUGGUUUGGACCAAUCAGAGGUUUAUUAAAUGGGUUCAAAGUAUUGAUUUGGUGGAAUAUGCAGAAAACCUUAAGGAUAGUGGUGUCCAUGGUGCACUGGUCGUGCUGGAGUUAUCAUUUACUGCUGACACUAUGGCAACAGCUUUAGGCAUUCCGACUUCAAAAAACAUUAUACGAAGACACCUAACAACAGAGCUAGAAAACUUAAUUCAGCCAGCUAGGUAAGUGAUCUCAUAUAUGUUAAACAACAGAGCUAGAAAACUUAAUACAGCCAGCUAGGUAAGUGAACUCAUGUAUAUUAAACAACAGACUAGACAACUUAAUUCAGCCAGCUAGGUAAGUGAUCUCAUAUAUAUAUUAAACAACAGACUAGACAACUUAAUUCAGCCAGCUAGGUAAGUGAUCUCAUAUAUAUAUUAAACAACAGACUAGACAACUUAAUUCAGCCAGCUAGGUAAGUGAUCUCAUAUAUAUA